AUGGAGGUUAGCUGGAGGGCGAAAAUUUCGGACUUCUCUCGCAAUCCCUCCCGUUUCAUUUCUUCCAACUCGGCUGAGACUUUCCUUGCCGAGUUGCUCCGUGAGUUACGAGAUGACAGAGUUACCGACACAACUAAGGUCUAUCUGCUGUCCCCACUAUGUGAACAACCAACUCUCCUGUGUCCCACUAAAUCAGUUGGUGAGGACACAGCCCUGGAGCUCCUUUCAGUUUUUGCCCACAGUUCAGAUACAUCUGUUCAAUUUCGCAGUAGCCUCCUCAUCACCUUGACCUCCGUCCUCAUCUGUACCUGUUGCGUGAGCCGCAAAAUACAUGUGUGUGUGGACUUCCUGGAUCUGCUCAUUCAGAUAGUGCAGGAUACCUCUGACUUACAUAAUGACAAUAGUUUCCUCCUAAGAGCUACAGCAUGUGAAUGUCUACAGGAGUUGGAGACAUGCUGCCCCAACCUUCUUUCUCAUAUGCUUGAGUUCCUAGGUGGGCUUUGGACCAAAGAAACCUCGAGACUUCACCAGCCUUAUGCAAGACUCCAUACUUUAGUGUUGAAAAACUGUGUUUAUCAACUUGCCUUGGAUCCUGGAUCGGGUGAUGAUCAUCUAAAAAUUCUGUUAGGGGAAAAUCCAUUCGUCAACUGGGAAGCAGACCAGGGAUUGGCUCAAAUAGAUAAAGACUCGGCCAUUUUAUCCUCCCUUAUAAUGGCUCACGUGGAUCCGGUGCCAAUUCUUCAGACUGGACGAGACUGCAAGGAUUUGCGUUCCGUCCUGUCCACAACCCUGGAGAAUUCUUUUCUUCUCACGCCAUUGUGUCAAGCGGCAGUUCUACACCGGCUGAUGGAGGUGGUUGCCAUGGUGCCUGCUGUUCCCCCAUCCAUAUUUAGAGCUCAGCUUCUGCGAAUGCUUGGAACCGGAGAGGUUUGCCUUCUUCAUAGCACUUUGCAGAUGAAGUUUGCCUAUACGGACAGCCUGUUCACCACGGAUGAUGAAGCUUUCAUGCUGAGACGAUUGGUUGUUCUUGCACAGCAUCCACUUUUGACUACAUCGGAGAAGCUUUUCUUCACUGAUUAUAUUUUGCAUUUUCCUGAGAACAGGCCAAUCAAUUGCGGAAAUGGUCACGAAUCUUCCCCACUGUUACUAACGCCUCAAUUAGUGUGUACUCUUGUACCCACUGUUCUCAAUGAUUAUGCUACUUUGCUGGCCCGCUUCAAUCUGCUGUUGCUGAUCCACCAGGAAGAGGGUGAAAAAGAUGGAGAAGAAGGCAAAGGUAUCCCAUUUCUCUACGAACACCUCAGCUUGCUACUCAACGUUGUGGCGAAAGCACACAGCCGAGAGCUCGUCGUCACAUUUUUUAGAGCAGUUUUCCUUUUUCUUGUAUAUUUUUGCCACGUGGAGGUAUACUCUGACAGCAUAGCAGAUCAACUGUGCACGCUUUAUCGCCAUCAAACUCACCUGGCGCCACAAAUCCUCAACUUGGUUGACCAGGCUUCUGACAUGUUCCCUGAAUGUAAUUGGGCAACAAGACUCUGCAGGGCCCUGCAGGACAUUAUCACUGCGGUGCCCCCUACGCAGCUGACCUUAUCAGACCUCAGGUGGCACCUCAAGGUGCUGGCUCGAGUGGCAAAAGAAGAGGAUAUCCCUCAGAUGAGCACGCUUCGACUGCUUUCCAACAUAGUCGUCACACCUUCACUUUCUCUGAGUAGCGACUGGCGUCUGGGAAACAUUGUGUUGGGACUUUGCCGGCGCUUGAUGACGCAUCCCAAUCUGCCUACGUUGUUUACAUCUUUGGCAAAUAUCCUGCAACAUCUCAUCUUUUGCUACGGCGACGCAGACAUUCAAGAUCACGCCCGACUAUACUAUAGUCUCCUGACCUCUCUCUCAAGGGAAAAAAUGACUAGAAUUUUAACACAGGAUUUGAGAGAGGAAGGACAAAAUGUCAAACACUCACUAUCUGGCAUCAUGGCAGACACCGAGAGACUAACAAGCGUGCUGACUAUUCACCAGACAGAAAAACCAGUACUGAAACUGAUUGAGUUGAAAAAUACAGAGUCAGAGAGGAUAAACAAAACUAGUCUGGAAAGUGAGGCACAGGACUGCCCAGAACUGGAAGCAUACAGGGCUCAAUUCAAAGAUCCUUCUUUUGGCUCGCAGAUUAAAUUGCACUACCAGGUAAAUCAUAACAUGUAUAACCUACCUUGCUUCGAUGAAGUCUUCAGCAUACACCUACACUUCAGUUCAAGGGACAACAACUAUGAAGAACUCUGCGACAUCAAUGUCCCCUGUCUUUUCAGAGAGAGAGAGUCUCCUGUGGUUCAACUUAGAUUGAAGCCUAGGUUGCCGUUCCCUACCACCCUCAGUUGCAGUGCUAUUUUCAGCACCUUGAACGGCCUUGUUUGGUACACUGUACAGCCAGAUAUCCAUGUGUUUUUCAGGCAAACCUUUCAGCCAUUGGUUGUACCCACCACUCGGGGAGCAGAUGCAAAACUGAAUGUUUUUGAGGGCCUCUGGGAUGAAAUGAUUGAGGAACAAGCAGAUAAUGCCACCACCCUGUUUUGUUGCCAGCUGCAAACAGGAGAACUGUGGUCUAUGGUAGAAAAACAUUUGCGCCCCUUCCUCGUAUCAGGUUCUGCCAAUGAUACUGAAUUAAAGUUGAUUUUUUUCAUCCCCCCUCAAUUCCACAUACUGCUAAAAGUCAUUUCGGAAGAUGAUGCUGUCCAUUUCAAUAUCGCAACAGAUAAUUGGCGGCUAUUGCCUCACUUUGCUUAUUUUCUCAGUAACCUAUAA